CUCAAGUAGUUUUGAUAGAGGAGGUACACGGGGGGAUUUCUCCUCUAUACAGUGCUCUACAGAUGGCACACGUUAAACAAUACUCCCCUGCCCUACAGUAAGCCUUGUUGUCUCCGGGUGGACGCUUGUGGCGUCUCUGCGGAGGCCCCGACCCCACGUGAACCAGGAUAAACACUACUGUCAGGCAGUGAGCGCUGAUUGGCUGCACACAUCCUCCAGCAGCCGGAAAGCGGAAGUGUACGUGCACCGGUGAGCUGGCUGCUGCUGUGGCAGGAUGAUCGGGGACCUAUUGCUUUUCGGGACGCUGUUGGUGAAUGCCGGAGCAGUAUUGAACUUCAAAUUAAAAAAGAAAGAAUCCCAGGGAUUUGGAGAUGAUGCUGCAGAGGCUACUACAGGUGACAACAUUCGAGAAUUUCUGCUCAGUUUACGCUACUUUCGGAUUUUUAUCGCCAUGUGGAACAUUUUUAUGAUGUUUUGUAUGAUCGUGCUUUUUGGUUCAUAGACAUUGUGGGCCUAAGAAUCUUUCUGUUUGGCUAUGUGGAUUUUUUCUAUCCUUCAACCUUCAACAAGCUACAAUACCCAGACUCAAUUUCCAUAGAUAUCACCAAGGCCUAGUUAAUUUGCAGAAAACGUCUGUAGAAUUGUAUAUAUUGGACUUUUUUGUGAACAUAGUGCAAAAAUAUCUAAAGAGACUAUAGGAAAAUGUCAUACUUACAUGGGACCUUUUGCCAUUUCUCAAUGUUUUGGUAUUUUUAGCUGUACAAAUAGUGUAUUUCAAGAAGCACCUUUAUUUCCUGCUUCUCGAUUAGUGUCAUCUUCUGAAAGAUGACGUUUCUGGUAUAUCAGAUCUAGAGAUGAGCGAACUUACAGUAAAUUCGAUUCGUCAUGAACUUCUCGGCUCGGCAGUUGAUGCUUAUCCUGCA